UUUUGGACUUAUCGUCGACGCUAUUUUCACGCACAUAUUAAGUUUGUUCUAAUUGCAAAGUGGGAAGGACGCUGUAGGUGUUAAUAAUUUAUGUGAAUAAAUAUGUCUAAAGCACAUCCCCCUGAGUUAAAGAAAUAUAUGGACAAGCGUCUUUUGUUGAAAUUAAAUGCAGGCAGAUCUGUUGCAGGCAUAUUGCGCGGUUUUGAUCCUUUUAUGAAUGUGGUUCUCGAUGAAGCAGUUGAGGAAUGUAAAGAUAGCACCCGAAAUAAUAUCGGAAUGGUGGUUAUACGUGGGAACAGUGUCGUAAUGGUUGAAGCGUUGGAUCGGGUUUAGCUAAAAGAUGUAGAAACAGGAUGCAGUAAACAAGUAUGCAGUAUUUCACGAUAAAAACUUCUAGUAAAAGUAAAAAGUGUUGUCUUAUAAAAUAUAGCAUUUCCUCGCAUUAUUUUUCUCUCGAUCUUCUUGCAAGUAUAUUUAAAAUAAAUUUGUAUAAUUGGUGUAUAAAAUUUAA